CCGCGCUCGCCCUGCUGCCACGGAGGAUGCUGAGUGGCCAUGGUCCCCUGUGCCACCGCCCCGGCGCUGUGCCUGGCGCUGCUGCUCGCCUGCCUGGCGCACGGUGAGGAGGGGCUGGCGAGCCCCCGGCGUGUGCGCUUCACCACGGAGCUGGCACAGCACCUGCUCAGGUGGGAGCCAGGGCACGGCUGCCCCGGCAGCGCCCGCUACGACGUGGAGCUCAGAGUCUAUGGCCUGAGUAGUCCCUGGGCAGCCAUCCCAGAGUGCAGGAACACCUCGGAGCUCUCCUGUGACCUCACCCUCUACACCCUGGGCCCCGAGCAGCGCUACUUCGCGCGGGUCAGGGCCGUGUCCGGCAACCUCAUGUCCCCCUGGCAAAGGAGCAGCUCCUUCUCCCCACAGCAAGCUGGCCUGCACCUGGCGGGCCAGAGCCUCUCCGUGGUGGGCAACUCCAUCCAGGUGCGGCUGCAGGUGCUCCUCCUCCCUGGGAACGUCUCCCUGGAGUACAGCGACUUCCAGAAGGCGAUGGCCCAGUUCCACGUGUACGUCAGGAGGACACGGGACAACCACACGCUCACAGUGGUGAAGAACAGCACAGAGUUCACCAUCGGGGAGCUGUACUGGGUCACAGAGUACUGCCUGAGUGUGGAGCCCAGCAUGGCCAACAGGCCCGUCCCUGCCACACUCAGCGACGAGCAGUGUGUCACCACCGGCCACAGGGACAGGAGUGCAGAGCUUCUCCCCGCCAUCCUCAGCUCCUCCUUCAUCAUCCUGCUGUUCCUGGGCCUCCUGGGGGCACACACCUACAUCAGGAAACCCGUGAGGACACCCUCUGUCCUGAAGUCCUUCAUGAAGCAGAGCUCGCUCUGGGUGGAGCACGAGCCCCCAUCCUCGGGCAGCCUGGAUGCAGACCCCAUCCAGCAGCUCUUCCUGUGCCACAAGGAGCCCUGGCUGGACAGGAGCCCUGACAGCAGCAGCAGCACAGCCCAGCCACCCCUGGAGCAGGGCUGGGAGCUCCCAGCACGGCCCAAGGAGCAGCAGUGCCUGCUGGAGCCCACGGGGAGCAGAGACAGCAGCGGCACCAGCACCGACAGCGGCAUCUGCCUGCACAUCCCCUCCUCCUCCUCCUCCUCGCUGAGCUGCUCCGUGUGCCCCGAGCCCCAGGGCUACAGGCAGCAGCUGCCCAGGGCUGAGGACAGCGGGGUGGGCCUGGAGCGCCCCUGCCCUGCCCCUGGCUGCUCCUCUGGCAGCAGCAAUGCCAGCCCAGGGCAGCCUGAGCUCUCCCCGGCCGCCAGCCAGGAGGAUGUGGCGUUCAGGGGGUACCUGCAGCAGUCUAAGGGCACCGUGGGGCCAGAGCAGGCUCUGGAUCAGGGAUUGUCCCUCUCGGGCCGUGCAGGGUCCUUGCAGGGCACUGACACUGUGCUGGACAUGCAGUGCUCCGAGCUGGCUGUGUCCAAGGGCUAUUUGAAGCAGUCCUCUCCCCAGCAUCUCCUCACACAGGACCUUGCUCCAUGGGGACCCCCUGCCUGGGACUUCUCCAGCCAGCCCCAAGCUCCCACUCUGCUGAGCUGGGCAGCUCCAGGUGCUCCACUGACCUCCAAAGCCAGCCCUGAUCUGAAGACUCCCUUUGACCUGAACAGCACUGCCUUCCUGGGGACACUGCCGCUCAUCUCCAGCCUCAGCUGCAGCUGGAUCACAGCCCCCACCAACCCCCUGAGCCAGCUCAGCGGGGACAGCAAGGACAGCCGCCUGUGACCCGUCCCCUGGGGGCCAC